CAGAUGAACUGGUUCCACAGCUGAAUGAUUAGUUAGCAAGUUAUGUUCGGGGACUUUUAUAUAUGCUGCAGUGUUUUCCGCUUCCAAACACUUACCAACCUCCACCAAACAUGAAGCUGCUGCUCACUGUCUGUCUGACCUGGGCUCUGCUCUAUACAGCUGAGUCACUGCACUGCCAUGUGUGUAAAAACGAAAUGUGUUCCAACACAACCUCUGUCCAGUGUCCUGCCACAAGGUUAAUGUGCCAAACUAUCACUUCAGUGAGGGGGACCGGUUCAUCCGCUACUGUGACAGUGAAUAAACAGUGUUCUUCCCUGCUGUCCUGCUUCACUCCGCUCGGCGUUGAGACUGAAUGGUCAGUGAACCUCGGCUACUCACGGGAGGCCCACGCUCAGAUUUGCUGCUUGACCGACAACUGCAACUCCCGGACGCUGCCCACUCCCAGUUCUUUCAUGAAUGGGAAGGUGUGUCCGGCCUGUGCGAGCUCAGCUGACAGCUCGUCGGGGACCUGCAACACAACAUUGAACUGUGUGGGAGCUGAAGACAGCUGCUUCAAUGGCAACACUACAUCGAACAUGCUGCUGCUCGGCUGUGUGACCAGAUACCUCUGCAGCCCAGGGGCUGCUAUCUUGGCCAUGCUUGCUAAUUACCCCAGUAUCACAUGUGAAGCACCAUGGAGUGUCAGCAUCAGCGCUAUGCUGGUGACCCUUGCUCUUGCAUUGCAUAAAAUCCUUGUUUAAUUAAUACAUGUGCUCACACACACACACACACACACACACACACACACACACACACACACACACACACACACACAUAUACAGUAGGCAGUCGCUCACUGGAAUGCAGAAAUAAAAAACAUUGUUUUUCUUCUGAAAAUAUUUGUCUCUGCACUGAACACAAUGGAUGACAAAGAUAUUUAUCACAGGACUUAUGCAUUCAUGGAAUGUCACAAUAGAGAACUGAUAACACAAAACAACACCCACAUAGACACAGGCAAAACCAAGCACAUGCACCACAAACAGAUAUAAUCCUAGAGAUAAAUAGAUUGUAGAUGUUGAAUGCACUAAAUGCAAGUCGCUUUGGAUAAAAGCAUGUGUCAAAUGACAUGUAAUCUAAUGUAAUAAACCGACAGGUAUGGAGGCACACAAUUAUGCUGAAGAACAGUAAAAGCAUGUGCUGCAAGCCACAAAUACACACACACACACACGUCUGCGUGACUUCUGAGGACAUUGCAUUGAGUUUCAUUAAUUUCCUGGAGACUUAACCAUAAUGUGUACUUGCCAAACACAAUCCAUUCGCCUAACCUUAGAAUGAACCAAACCUACCACUAUAGGGCAAUAAUAUAAUAUUAUAAUCAUCUUAAAAUGUAAUGAUUUAAUUUACCGUAAUGAUCGUAAGACUAGUCCCCAUAAUGUGACUGUAAGUUCCCACAACAUAAGUGAUAUAGACCACACACAUUAAGAUCUAACUAUAUACACUCUCUCAAAUCUUCACAUCAGAGAUAGAGAUUAAAACACAACUUGAGGUAAGUGUCGAGCAGAGUUUCUGUAUCUAACAUGGCUCAUGAUUGUUCUGGAGUUUAAACCUCGAACUAAUAACACUUGUAUACUUUACUACAUACUGUACGGAUCAUUUCAAUGUGCAGCUGAGCAGAGUAACUUCUUAGAUAUUGUCUCAGACAUCCCCUGUGCAACCACUCGUGUGAAAAUGACCAUACAGGGUACUCUCAGAACUACUACAAAACUAAAACUGUGCAUUAUUACCUGCACCAGAAGAGGCAAUGUGUUAAUCUGCGUUUGUUAGUUAGUAGCAUUACACAUGAACCGGGUCGUGGUGGCUGAGGGGUAGCGUGGCCGUCCUUCAAUCUCAGUCUUCUCCAUUUGCAUGCUGAAGUGUCCUUGGGCAAGAUGCUGAACCAAAGGAAAAAAAGUGCUGCUUAUAGAUGCACUGUAUGUAUGUGUGUGUGAAUGGGUGAAUGGCAAGCGCUUUGAGAGGUCAUUAGGACUAGAAAAGUGCUAUGAAUAAAUACAAACCAUAAACCACUAGAGCUUUUUCUUCAAUCUAGCCGAUUAAUAAUUUCUUGACUUGUGUGGGAACCAUAUCGAUCCACAGCUUUUAGAAGCUCGGCUCUAAACAACCCGACAUGACCGUACUCACAACAUACUGUAUUUCUCCAGUUAUUUAUUCACUAUUUAUUUUACAUGGUGUAACACAGGUGGUUGCUGUGGUGGUUUGACUCAGCAGUAAGCACACAACACAGAGCUUUGAUCUCAGAUUUGAUUGCUGCACACAUAAUACAACACAAAAACUCCACACCACCGUGCCCCUUACCGUCUGGCUCCCUUGGCGCAUGCUUCUCUUCAUGCAUGUAUUUGAUCUCUAUGGUUUAUGAUCUCUUUUCUGUGUGUUGUGGCACUAGUCUCCACGUCCAGCCAUGCCGCCACCUUUAAACACUGAGUGAUUCACUAACUGCUGCACAAAUCACUCCUUAGGCACAGCUGGGGGUGCUCUCCUGAGCCACCUCCACACCCACCCUCACUCUUUAUUUGAAAUUGGAACAUUCAUUCAAACGUUGGGAGGACAAGUUCACAUUCGAACUGUAAUGGCCGUCUCGAAUUCAAAAUAUUCACUCUACAGGCGCAUCAGACUGUCUGAAGUAAUUUGCCUCAUGACCCCACAGCGGGCGGUUGCUGUCAGCUGGACCUCUUGCCUCUCAGUGAAGUAAGCCAGUAAUGCUGCGUUGUUUUGAUAUGAAAGUGGAGGACGCUAGAAAGAAAAGACGCCUUGAGUAGACAAUUACGACAGAAAAGCAUCUGAGAAGCCGUGUCUGGAGGUAUUUUGGUUUCUACACUCUAGACAGUAAAGUACAGAGCUUAGGUUAUGCCUGUUUGUCCUGUUUGGACUAUUUAAUCUGUGGGCUCACCUGUUUCCUUUCCACCCAAGUGAGGCCGCAGAGGAGGCACAACUGACAAGCGGAGUAAGGUCAAGUGCAUCCCCAAUUGUUUCCCACAGAAUUCAUUCAAUCAUUGGCGGUGUGCACGCAUGAAGGUCAAUCAAACGCAACAGAUUCAUGUGACAGGUGCACAGACUGAAGAGUGAAAGGUAAGUUCUCAUGUAAGAGAACGAAUAUUAGCUUGCAUGGACAGCUCCUGGUCUGGACUCUGUGAUUGCAGCGGGACUGCUUGGCAUGUCAUGUUGGGGUUGUCCUUCGGGAUGCUUACCCUCAUCAAAUGCUGCUAGAGACUUUAAUCUUUAAUCUUGAAGACUUUAAUCUUGAUGAUGUUUUCCUGUACGUGGCAUCUAUUGCACCUCUGUCCGUCCUGG